CAGAAAAAGAGGAAGACACACCAAGAAGUCACAGAAGAGGAUGUAAACAAAGUUCCGCACAGUUUUGUUAUGCACAAGGGUGAGGUUGGGAAAUCUGUCUUGCAGCUUGAGAUGGACAUCAGACAUGUUAUGGAACCUUAUACUGCUACUAAGCUCAAGGUAUACAGUUAAAAUAUGUAAUUAUGGGGUCUCCAGUCUCCAGAGUAUGGCAGAACUCGAGGAGAUCUUGUGCAUGCAGAGCCAAUUUUAGCUGUGUGGAAUACGAUUUUUUAUACCAGAAUACAGGUGCACGCCCAAAGAGAGGCUCUGUAUUAGAAGAAUGCAAGUUUUAGGUGCAUUUCCAGCUGUUUUAGAUGACCUAAAUUUCAAAUUUUCCCAGCGGAGCAUGCCCCCCAGACUUCCCUAGUAUGUUCAUGCUUCAGCGUUCAGUUUACUCAUAAGAAGGGCUACAAACAAGAUUACAGGCAAAUUGCCCGUCCAUUCAUUCAUACGUAACCUCACCAUACUGAUGAGAAAGCAAAAGUGUAAGCAAGGGAUGUGGAAAUGAUGUGGGAUAACUGAGAGGUUUUGAUAGACUUGGCAGAAAAUUAUUAUCAUGUCUCCGCCAUUGUAAGUCAGGUGCAAAUCUCUUAGGCCCAAUGCUGCCACGUGCAAUGCUACGAUUUUGGUGUACGCAAUAAGUUUUUUAGGAAAGGCUCGUGUGUGCACUUGCCAUGUAUACUGGAUGUCAGAAACUAGCUGAAGAGAAAGAGAUUAGGAUGGGACAUUGAUGUGAUUAAAGGCAGGAUAAUAGCCAAACUGAGUCAGCACUAUUUUUUUCCUUAACCAAGUACGUUUAAUAAUAAUUUGUCCAAAAUAAAUGUUUAAACAAUAGGAUGGUAUGUAACAUAAUCAUGUAAUAGCUUAAUUUUGUUUGAAAUUUUGUUAUCCUUUGUCCCUGGCUAAAGCAGUGAAUUACAAAACUAACAGUAGUAAUAAGUAAUAGACUGUGGAUCACAAAUAAAAUCUAACUACAGUAAUUAUACACUGUCUAUACAAUGAACUUAAGGUCUAAGCACUCCCAAUAAACAGAACCUUCACAAUGGAACCUGAGGAUAUUUAUGUGGUAGUUGCUUAACAAAACAUAUAGGAGGGUGCUCAAAAUCAAUUUAAAACCUUACAGCUUUCCUGAUUUUUGACUUUGUAUAGGUUAAUAAGAAAAAUGUUGUCAAAGAUUUUGUGCAUGUUGCUGGACCACUUGGUGUAACACACUUAAUCAUGUUUUCUAAAACUGAGAUGGGCACAUACCUGGUAAGUCUAUAGACACUUCUAAUAUGAUAGAGUUAUACCCAGCUAAUAUUUCUAUUUUCAGGGUUAUUUGAAGUCCCAGGGAUGUGGCUACUCAAGAAAGUUUUAUACAGGGAGGCUCUUCCCAGAGGUCCAAACCCCUUACCCUUUUAUACACCAAUUUUGACCCUUCUUAUACCUUCUGUUGACAAAAAUGGUACCCCUUUUACAUACCUUGUUUCGUUUAACUGCUGUAAAUGCACUGUCUUUUAAAUAUGAAUAAAUCACAAAACAAGAAUGUUUUCUUGACUUUUUUACAGCCAAAAAAUGCAUCUGUAAGCCCUUUUGGGCCUUCUUACCAACAGAAAUGACAUACAUGUAAUUUCCCACCCUUUCAUGUAAGCCUGAAAAAGGUACCCCUUUUUGGCCAAGCUACCUAGUAGGGAGUACCUCUCCUUGGGAUUGAAGUGUGCUGGUCAACUGUGAGGCUGAUUUUUAUUUAAUAAAAAGGUAUCUUAAAAUUUAUACUGGAUAUGUGAAAUGAUGUGACAAUAAUUAUGAUCUGACUAACCGUAUCAAUGGUGGCUUAUCUUUUUCAUGUACAUUGUCAUUCACAGAGAUUCUGCCGUGUCCCCAGAGGACCAACACUGACUUUCAAAAUUCAACAGGUACUUAAGAUUUUAUACGUUCAAUAAAAUCUAAAGGCUAAUGUUGGAAGUAUAAAAAAAAAAAAGGAAUUUUACAACAUUAGGUGUCAGACCAGAGAAGUGCUUUCUUCUUUAAGCCGGAGACUACAUAAUGUUUGUCUGUGAAAUGUCUGUCUGAGCGGGAGAUAAUAUUAUAAUUUAUUGAGGAUAUUUGACGGGUGAAAAUUCUGUUUAUAAUUUUGCAAAGAAAAGGUGUAAUAUAUUUACAGACCUUUGGCUUCUUUUAUUACUGUCACUAGGCUUCACUUUUCUUUUCUUAAUCAUGUUUUGACCCACAGCAGUCAAUAGUCUUAUGCUGGUACAUGCACUGCAUUCAAUUAUUAUUGUAUUUCAAUGCUCUUUGGGUGUAAUAUACUAAUAUUAUUGGUACUGACUUUGUUUCUUUCAAUUCUAGCUUCUUUACAAUUCUGUGUGUCAGAUUCUGAGUUUAUAUAGAGUAUUUGACAGAAAAUAUUUCUGCUUUCAGACAUGACCGAAACAUUGUGUUGAAAUUUAUUAUUAUUGUAGUAUUCUCUGAUGAAAGAUGUGGUGUCUUUGUUGAAGAAACCUAAGACUUUUGGUAGUCAGUUCAAGAAACCACCUCUGGUAAGAUCAGACAUUCUUUAUGUUAGAAAAAAAGUAAUCUAUUAAUAAUAAAUAUUAUUACUAUUACAGUCAAGCCAAGUCAAGCAUACCCCCUCCUCUCCCCCCCAAGAUUCCAUUAAUGAAUUUAUUAAUGGCAAGUUGAAUCCAUUGGUAGUUGUGGAUUUCAGAUUCAUCUUUGCAUUCUUGGGUGUGCAAUAAGCCCUGAAGUCACACGUGAAGCAGUUAUGAAAUUUCUACCAGCUCAGUCUCCCUGAAUAUGAUGUAAAUGUCUCAAAGCUGUUUUAUCCAUUCAAAGAUUUUCAAUCUGACCAAAUACAGAGAAGUCCUCAUUGAAAUAUUCACUAGUCAUCAUGCAUGCAGGAAUGCCGAUUCGAAUGUGACACUAGUAUGGGAACGACUAAAGGAUUCAUUUUUUAAAUGAUCAACAUUAUUUAAUAGAAUCUUGGGGGGACAGGUACACUUGACCUGCCUUGACUGUAAAAUUUUCUUUGAUUUUUAAUUUUCUAAAUCUAUAAUAAAAUUGUAAAUAAAUUGCUUUUAUCUCUUUCAGUUGGUAUUGAAUGGUUUUUCCACUGACAGCCUGUCAAUGAAACUCAUGACAACAAUGUUUCAGAAUCUGUUUCCUUCUCUCAAUAUCCAAAAGGUGAAUUUAUUUUGAAUUUAUUUUUACUUUUUUUGACUACACCAAUAACUGCAUCUGAAAAGAGUUAAAUUCAACCCAAAUGCUAAGUGUUUUAAAGAAUGAGUACCUGGAUUAAUGUCGUAAUAAUAAACUGCUUAGGGACUGGAGAAAUGAGUUUGAUAAUAGAGGAAGUACUUAGUGAUAAAUGAAUCAGUAAAAAUUUAAACAAAAUUAGUCCUUCUUUAAUUUGAUGUGUACCAGAUAAAUAAUUUUAUUGCAUUUAGCAUUUUUAUUGACCAAGCAAGUUCAAGAUGGCUAGAUAUUGGCCAUUUCCUCUAUUGCUUUGACCAAGAUGAACAUAAAAACACAUAAAACAACUGAGGAAAAUAAUUAGCCAGUGAAAUACACAGCUGCCUCUCAUCUCCCUCCAUGGCAUGCAUCAGCCAUCCUGACCUAAAACAGCUUGGACAAAACAAAGACUUAUUUGGGAGACAUAGCAGCCAACCUUGAGGAGGCAAGAUACACCUAGCUUACCUGCUUGGGUAGCCAAAUUUUAGAACAGAGGAUCUACUUCCUCUUAGCCACAGAUGAAGCCUGCAGUUAUAUGAUAAUACAUCUUUGUUGAUCUGUAUGCUAAGUUAAAGACUUUCCAUCCAUCUUCUUCUUUUUUUGGAAAUUAUCUUUUUGGGUAUUGUGUCUAGUUGGUAUUUAAUAGAAUCAACUGAAGGCAGACUGCAUUUCUAUUAUUAUUUUUUUCCUAACUAAGGUACAUCUCUCGGAAAUCAGACGGUGUGUGUUAUUAAGCUAUAACUCAGAGACAAAAACCAUUGACUUCAGACAUUAGUAAGUUACUCCCGAUGUAAAAGUAAUUUGUAAAAAAUUGCAUUAUAGUUCUGUUCUGACUAUUUAAAGUUUAGCUUAAAAAAGGUUGAAGGACACUCAGAGACAUGGCUUUCCUAGAAAUCAUGAGGAUAUUAGUUUAUGGUACCUUUCAAAAGAUGGUUUAUGACAUAAAAAUUAAUAUCACUUUUGGAAAUCUUGUUUGCUAAACACCGUGCAUAUUUAUUAAGGAUAUGAAUUUUGCUUGAUUUUGUUUAGAAGCCCUGCGUGAUUUUUGGUCUGGUGGAUUAGAAUAAUUAUUCAUCCUUUCACUUUUAAAUCCACCAAGUAGGAAGGAGAAACUAGCAGUUCAUCAAAUGUUGCUUGGGCCUUUGUCCCAGCCUUUGUUUAAGCUUUUUUUGUUAUUCAAUGUUCUGAUUAGUAUGUGCACAGUAAGAGUAUUUUCUCCUAUUUACCUUAACAGUAACAUCCAAGCUGCUCCCAUUGGAAUAAGUCGUGGAGUAAAAAAACUGAUCCAAACAAAGCUUCCCAACAUGUCUCAGCUGAGUGAUAUCAGUGAUUAUGUACUAAGGUAACAUUUAUAUGUUUUAUUUUUGUAGUUAUUUGAAGGGCUACUGCCAUAUAUGCACUAAAUAGGUAUUUGCUGCUGUGAAGGAUACGGUUUUGAAGCAGUUAGGUCUGGGAUAGGGUAUAGAAAUCAGAGAGUUUGAGUCUAGAAUAGGAUAUCUUUUUCCAGGAAACUGAUCAUUUGGUUGAAGAUUUUUGUCUACAAUCGCUGCCAAAAUAUUAUCGUUGAGACAUUGUCCUCAAAUAGGGUAACUUGAGAGAACAAAAAAAUCCACAUUCCUCCCCUGUCCCCUCCAUUCAAAGUUGGAGUGUUUGUUGUUUUCUGAAGAUAGCUUGAACAGCGGCACAACAUUGCAUGGAGGGGAUGGGGGAGGAAAAGCUAUUUUUUUCCCCUUUUGAAGUCAGGAAAACGUCAAAAAGCCCCUUUAGAGGUGGAUGACGAUUGUAGAUUAGGAAAACUGGUAGGGAGGGAUUUUGGGAGCUUAGUCAAGUAUAGGGUAGCAAAAUCUGAGAUGUCACUAAGACUUCAAGUUGCUAGUGUAAAUAAUACAACAAGUAGGCUGGGAAUAAAACAGCUAGGGAUUCCUUUUGGUUCUAUUUCUUUUCUAUUUCCUGAUGAAAGUAGCCAGGGAACAUGUUCAUAGUAGCUGAGGGAAGUCCCCCGCCCCUGCCUCUAGCUUAAUGACAGCCCGAAAAUGAAGCCACUCUAGAUCUCAUUAUAGGCUUUCAGCAGCACAUCCCCACCCAAAAAUUCCUCUGGUACCCCUCGCCCCCACCUCCCCUUCAGGGUAAAGCCUUUGCUCUUGGAAAUGACAAGAAGCCAAGUUCUAGGUUUUAAAAUUUUUUGUUUACUUUUUCCAUCUGGCUCCACAACAUAUGCCAAACUUACAUGUAGUUCAGAGCCUGAAUAUUUUAUUCUUGAGUUAAAAUUUUAAAUGAGUAAUAGAUGCUAUUGAGUAUGCUGUGAUGUUUUUGUUUCAGAGGAGGGUGUGGUUAUGGUUCAGAGAGUGAGGGUGAAGAGCCUGCAGACUCUAGGGUAACAUUACCACAGGAUGUGCCAGGAAGAGGCAAUGUCAAGGCUCAGCAGAGUGCAAUCAGACUUACAGAGGUAUGCAUACAGACGUAAGUGAUGCUGAUUGAUUGAAAAAGAGGUAGAGCUAUAGGCAAAUCUUUGCUGACCUCAUUGUUUACAUUUUUCCUCAUUAGCAUACACCCUUUUUGGCUAGCUGAUAGAAGCCGUGGCCGUAUAUACAAUCUGAGCUCUAAGUUGAAAGAGCUGAUUAACUUGAGCAAUUUGUGCAAUUUUCAUCUCUUUGCAAGCAAAAUUGAAGGAAAUACUAGCCAUGAAAACCGUAAAAUUAAUGGGUGGCAAAAAAGAUAAUGAGCCAUACAUUCUUUGUAAAAUUUUGAGUCUUUAAAGGAGAAUUUCUCCAAAUCCAUUUGGUAUAUCGGGCAAAAAUUUUCAGAGAUAACUGAAAUUGUUAUGAUCUUUCAAUAUUCUGAGAUUUUAUUUUAUUAGCUCCAUCAGAUAAUGAUUAGCAUAUGUUAAUGAGGAAAAAAAUGUGAACAAAGAUUCGCCAAUCGGUAGUAUUAUCCUCCUACUAAAAGGUACUUUGUGCCAACCUGGGAGCAUUGCUGCUUCCCUCUAGACAUAUGCCAGUCUUUUGCAGCUUACUGACACCUACUGCAGCUACUGUUUCCAGUACCCCUAUGUCAUACUGGGCCAAGUUGUUUUAAAAGACAAUUGGCACAAAUUCUCUGUUAGUUACCUUGACAACUGAUAUGUUCUGUCUAUAGUUAAUCCAGGAUUACUUUGAAGUUUGCUUCAAACAACUUGGCCCCAAUUCUCAGACAAGCUGACAACACUCACUGCCUUAUACUGAAUGACAUUGCAUCAUUGAGGUCAUUCACUUAUGGUAUAUAUCUCAGUGGAUAGAGACAGUUCGGAGAAAGCACAGGCCAUCAUCGGAUCUAAAAUAACUCAACACCACUGCACAGCUACAGGCUAGAAACGAGCCUAUAAAAAAAUUAUUUUUGGUGGUUUUGACAGUACUGAUUCUAGCAAUUUGAGGAUUUACACUAAUUGUCAUCCUUAUCAUCAUCAUCAUCAUCAUCAUCAAUCUUUACUUGUACUUGAAAUCGUUCUGUAAUUACAUGGGCUCCCUGGGAGUCAUGUGGAUUUUUAAUACAGCUUAGGGUGGAUUAAAGUGGAAUAAAACUUAUGUGCUCAACAUUUUCAAUUUAUGUGUUAAAAAUAAUAUUUCACAUAUCUCACGUGAAGGUAGUAAAUGACCUUCAAGUAAUCAGAAGACCCAUUUUAUCUCUCUACUUGAUUAAAAAGUUGAAACACUUGCUGGAGGGUUAAUGGCUGUUUUAUUUUGUUUUAUUUUUUUGUUUUGUCCGUAUGAUGCCGUUAUGACAUACCUUACAUUCAUCAAACAUUUUAUUGUUUCCAGCUUGGACCUCGGUUGUGCCUUCAGCUAAUUAAGAUCCAGGAAGGAAUGUGUUCCGGAGAAGUUCUUUUUCAUGAGUUUGGUGAGAUUGACAGUUUUUCCUGAACUUAAGUUGCCUUCACGGCAGGAUUAGCUUAGUAGUUAGAGCGCUUGACUGCAGAGCAGGAGGUCGUGGGAUCAAUUCCCGAGCCAGAACAAUACUCGGUCUUAACUAAAAUAACUGAGAAAUGAAGGUGUACUGCCUUGUCCUACAAUCGGCUAGAUCCUCACAUGGCUCAGAUGACCAUGUAAAACGGUGGUCCCGUCGUAAGUGGGAGAGAUAAAAGUAGUGUCCUCAAUUAUUACUAUUAUCCUAAAUACAUUGACACUCAAAUAAAGAACUUUUUUAUCUUAAUGGAUCGAGAGAAGUCGUUGCGUAAAGUAACCUGAACUAUUUCACGGUUGUACUGUUCAUGGCAUCCCAGUUAUUAGUGCUUCAUUCAUUAUUAAUAGUUUCCUUUAUUUCUUUUUGUGUCACUAGUAAAAAAGACAGCUGAAGAAAUCCGAGAAUUGAAAAGACAAAAAGAGGAGAAAAGGUAUGAUUCCAUCAAAAUUAUCGUCAUUUUUAAUGUAAGUAAUAUAACAUUCAUAUCCCGCAUGAGGAACAGGCGUUUUACAGGCAACAGCGAAGUGCAAGGAAAGCGAUGUGCUUUGAUCACGGCCAAUACACUCUUCCUCUCCGCUACUUCCAACCUUUUAUCAACCACGCCUCAGUCUUGGUGAAUUUUUUUGACAUUUGACCCUUGCGUUCGGUGAAUCCACCAUGCCCAUGUCACAAUUUCAUUUUCCUCGAUCUGCGUCUUACUAAAUAAGCGAUUGUUACUUGGCGUUUUGUUUUCUUUAAACGUGUGUUUUUAAGAGUCGCUCACUUAUGCUCUGGAUUUUCAUUUUGUUCAAAGGAAGUUGAAAGAGCGAAGGAAGAAACUGCAGCAAGAAAACGUGAAGAAAAAAGAAAACGAGAAGGCGCUCAACAAGUAGGUAGCUUUGAAAAGUCACAAUACAGUGUGAGGCAGAGGACCGGGACAGUGAGUCUGGUGAAAAAUAGCUUGCGUGGGAGACGCGUGAGAAUGUGAUGGGCGCGUCACGUUCUCGCACCCCUUAUUUGGCCCUUUCCCUUCCCUUUCAAAAUUCUAUAACCCAGGCAAAGUAAAGAGGCGGCGUCAGGGGAUAGGGGUAGGGGUAAGUGGGUAGGGAUUGGGAUAUGAGCAGGAGCGGAAUCAAGGGUAUGACCACGGAGGCCAUAUCCCUUGAAAAGUCAGCAUUUCAUCGCUUUAGCGGUAAUGUUUUCCUCCGCUAACUUGUUUGAUUUUAGGUCAGUUUAUGAUUGAGGGCGUUUCUUGUUUGUUCGACUCUAGAGCGCGAAGCAUUGAAGGUCAAAUGAAGAAGCAGAAGUUAGAGAAACAAGACGAAGAGGCUGAUGCAGAAGGUUUGUGUAUUGUAGCAUCCGCUCUCAUUACUCUAACGCCAGUCAUAUCUCAAGUUUAUUUCCUUAAGCUUCUCGUUCAGUCCAAUCUUGCAGGCACAACUAAGAAAGUUGCUACGACUUUAGGCCAUUUCAAGGUCAUCGUAGCCAAAGGCAAAAAAUGUGUCGGGAUAACAAGUUAUCUUUGUUGCGGCUUUAAGAUGAGUAUCGAACUUUUAUCAACAGGUGAUGUAGCCAUGACUGCGGAUGACGUCAUGGACAGUGACGAUGCUGAUUGGUACAGACAAGAAGUUGGUGCAGAACCCGACCCUGGUAAGUUGCGCCGGAGAAAAAUUCAACUUCUGCACCUUUGAACUUGCAACUAACCAAACACUUCCGAUUAUUUCUCUUGUGCAAAAAUAAGGGAUGUAAUUUUAAAAUGUGAAAAGUGUCAUGAAUCCAGUUGGUUGUAGAUUAAAACCGUCGUAAAUGUGACAUGUUGCGCAUCGUUGUGGAAACGUUUAUGGAUAUAAUUUAUAGGGCCACCUUAGCUUUUGCUUUACUUGUGUAAUGUUUUUGUAAAGAGAGGUGUUAUUUCAAGAAUCCGUGGUUAUGUUUACAGCCAGUUGAGUGGUUUCUUAUUUAUUUUUCUCUCUAGAACUCUUUCCAAAAACCCGCAAAAAAAGGAAUUCCAAGGAAAAGUCGCAACCAGGAAAGAAGAGAAGGCACCCAGACGAUAAAGCGGAAACAGCGGAGAAAUCUUCCAAAGAAACAAAACAUCGAAAAUCCCAACAAGACAAAAAAGUAAACAAAUCUGUUAAAUUGAAAGUAGCUAAGAAAGGAGUGAAAAACAGAGGAAAGCAUGUUAAAUUAAAAAGAAAGUCUCGAAAGUGA